AUGCGCGGAACGGACACAGCGCGACUUCACGCGGACUUCGGAGCGAGGCUGCAGCACACUGACCGGGACCACACUGACCGGGACCAGACGGACACUGUGCAGCCGGACAAGCGAACCGCCCCCGAGCGGGCAGUGGCACGUGCGCCUCUCGGAGCAGCGGGGGGAACUCUCGCGAGGCCUGCUGCUCGAGGCCGCGAGGUGGGCGCUCCCGCGCGAGCCCCUCCGUCGCCAUCUUGUGUGGGAGCGGCGGUGGCGUGUGGUCGGGGUGCGGGCCACCCGGGCUGUGCCUCACCGUCGCCCCGAAGUGCGAGCGUAGCCCCAGGGGCUGCCGAGGGCUCUGCUCCCGCCGAGCUCUACCAGAUGGGGGCAGCAGCUCCCGGGGCGUCUCGCGAGGCUGUUCAGAGGCCGGAUGGGAAGGCAUCUCUUGGUCGGAAGAUGUCCUCUUGCGUCGGGCCCACAUCUGCACCACAGCCCCUGGUCAGAGAGAAUGGACUGUAAAUCCAUGCGUGAAGCCAUUCCAUAGUUCACAGAAGACUGUGCAAGAAAUGGCUCCUUCUGAAAG